UCUGGUACCAAUUAACUGCGAAAAACGAGGGAUUAGUGUAGGAGAAAAGAAACAGGAACAAUGAGAAGAAGAAACAAAAUUGCUACUAGCUGUCUAGAUAACGUGCAUUCGUGGCGGCCAUAGUUUGAGGGGCAACGGUCCAAUCGAAGACAAUACAUGUACAUUGAAAUCGUCCACACUGUAAUUUUUUGGACCGCUUAUCCUCAUCAGCAUUAUUGAUUGUAACUUGCAGAUUUCUCAACCGAUUUUUGUGCCGUUUCUAUUUUUGAAUUUGUCAAAUACGCCGAGUACUCCCCCCCCAUUUAGUUCGUUAGUUAGUUAGUUUACAUGGAAUCCGAUGACGACUUCGACCUUCCUAUUUUAGUGUUGUGGGCAUGAAACUUCAAAGUAGCUAUCUACCUAUUAUCAUACCGAUGGAGGCAUCCCUUGGAUUUUUUUUUUUUUUCCCCAGCCGCUAACCAAGUGAUUUCCGGUAGUGUACCGUUUUGAACAGUCCUCUGCAACAGAAAUCAAGGAAUAGGUGAAUGCUCCAUUGCAACUGUUUAGUUUCACACUUUCGAAGCAGGCCCCUUUACUAUGGCUCAAGACUUAAUAGAAGAAAGUGGCAUUUUUUUUGACGAACUCAACAAACUUCGAGCACUAGAACCAGAUGUCAGCCAAAAGACCUCAGAACUCAAGGAUGAUUGCAGAGAAUUUGUCGAGAAAAUUGGAAGGUUCCAGGAAAAAGUUGGAUGUCUAAUUGAGCUUGUGGAUCAGUUGUCAAAAGAAACUGAGAAAGAAAAGUUAAAGUCCAUUGGAGCAAGAAACCUGCUGAAGUUGGUGGCAAAGCAAAGAGAGACACUGCAGCAGCAGCUUCAAGCUCUCAUUGCUGAGAAGAAGAUGCAACUUGAAAGGUAUCGCACUGAAUGUGAUGCCUUGUCUAAAGUGGAAUCUGAGCAGAAUGAAUUUAUCAACCAGUUUAUUUUACACCCGAAGGGGUGCACAAUUCUUCUGCGUCCUGUACGCCGGUCCCAAGCCUGGAUAAGAGGGUUGCGGCAGGAAGGUCAUCCGGCGUAAAACUGUGCCAAACAUAUAUGAGCGUUCAUCAAAUUACUUCUAUAACUGAUACUUCAUCGCCCGGGCUAACAAGGCCCGCCCCCAGCACUGUUUAUUUGCAAGGCGUAGGUAUAAAUUCAGGUAAUGUAGGUUAAAGACAAAAAAGAGGAGGAAAGUGACUUAAGUCGGCAGAAAAAGAAGAGGCGUGCACAGUCCCUACAACUGUGUUUAGGGAGUUUGAAUGUUGAUACUAUGACAGGAAAAGCUCAGGAGUUAGUUGACAUGAUGAUUAGGGGAAAGGUUGAUGUAUUGUGCAUCCAAGAGAGCAAGUGGAAAGGGAGUAAGGUUAGAAGCUUAGGAGCAGGGUUUAAAUUCUUUUACCAUGGAGUAGAUGGAAAAGAAAUGGAGUAGGGGUUAUUUUAAAGGAAAGACUGGCAAACAAUGUCUUGGAGGUGAAAAGAGUAUCAGAAUGAGUGAUGAGGCUGAAAUUUGAAAUUGAGGGUAUUGUGUAUAAUGUGAUUAGCGGCUAUGCCUCACAAGUAGAAUGUGACCUCGAGUUGAAAGAGAAAUUUUGGAAGGAACUAGACGAAGUUGUCAUGAGCAUCCCAGAGAGAGGAGAGAGAGAGAGAGUUGUCAUUGGUGCAGAUUUCAAUGGACAUGUUGGCGAAGGAAACAGGGGUGAUAAAGAAGUGAUGGGUAACUACGGCCAAAGUUGGAUGUUUUGGAGACAAGGUUUGAGAAAGCAGACUUCGAUGGUUUGGACAUGUUCAAAGAUGACAGAGUGAGUAUAUUGGUAGAAGGGUGUUGAGGAUGGAGCUGCCAGGUAAAAUAGCAAGAGGAAGACCAAAGAAAAGGUUGAUGGAUGUUGUGAGGGACGACUUGAGGACAGUGGGUGUUAAAGAAGAUUCACGAGAUGCUUAGAUGGAAAAAGAUGACACGCUGUGGCGACCUCUAAUGGGACAAGCCGAAAGGAAAAGAAGAUUCUUUAUUCUUCUCUUUAUUUUACUUUCUUACAUAUGCAUCCCCUGACUUGCGUACUUGAGAAGUUAUUGUGAUGUGGGUCUUUUGUUUCAUUCUGAGAAAAGGACUCUAUUAUGUCGUCAGAUGCGGAUUUCUACAAUGUUCCUAUCAGGACGAGGAUAGCUUUCGUCUGACGCGGAUUUCUAAUACGUUCCUGUAAGGACGAGGAUGGCUGUCGAUGGAGGUUUUUAUUAGUACUGCUGCUUUCGGACGAGACACCAAUUCACGGACGCCACACUGCCUUCGUGUCUUGAACGCAAUACAACUUCAUUAUAUUUUGCAUGUUUGACCAAGGGGAUUUAUUCCAAAUUCACACAUAACAUAUCCUAUAAACCAGCGAUUGGGGACCUAUGGCAUGCAGAGCCCUCAUAACGACAUACUAUACAUGUGAUUCUGUUGUGCAGGCAACGCAAAAGAUGCAGAGACAGUUUGUCAUCGUGGGGUUGCCAUAGUUUGGUGGUGGUAGAUGUGCGCAGGCGCAGAAGGGUUGAACACUGACCCGGGUGGAACAAGUAAUUAUGGAAACGCUUUUGACAAUGGUCGCUCAAAGAAAAAAAUAUGAGUUCCAUAGUUUUCAACAAGAAUGUACAGCCUUUGUGGAGAGGAUUCUUGUUUAAAUUCACAGAUGGGGAGUAUGCCAAAGAUUUGUACUUGACGUUGCUAAUAAACAUUUUGAAAACA